AUGAAGAAAUAUGCAUCAAUUAUGACUGCUAUGAUCUGCCUGCGGAUCACUGCUGAGUGUUUUCUAGAUGCCACCAUCAUUAAUGUCCUCUGCAACGAAGCUGUGUUCACCUCAGGCGAUCCUUUCGCUAUUAGCCUUCACUAUGUUCUUCAACAGCUUGAGACGGUGACGUCAACUCGGAGAAAUUACGAUUACUCCAACAUUUCUCCUUAUCCUAAUGCUUUUGCCUACGGCCAUGCUGCUUGCACCACCAAUCUCACGACCUCGGACUGCAACUACUGUCUUGCUGCUGCUAAAAGGGCCUUGUUCGCUACGUGUCAGAGUCGGAUUGGGCCUUGCUCCUUGCUCAGUGAUUGUACACUCGGGUACGAGCAAUAUCCAUUUGAUGAUUAG